AUGGGACAAGGCGUCGUCUGCAUCGCGGCGGAUCCCAAACCCCCUGCAGUGUACCAUGCACAGCUGACGUCGUCGGACGCGUUUGUAGUCCUCGGCUGCGACGGCCUGUGGGACAUGUUCACCUCGGCCGAAGUUGUCGACAUGGUCUUUGAGUGGAUGGACGCGCCCGGCCCGUACACCAACUGUGCCGAUUACCUCGUGGCCCGCGUCCUCGACAAAGCUGCUCGUCCGUUUGUCCUCUUUGCCGGUGCCGACGAGCCCAUCAAGGCUCUCGUCUCCCAACCAGCCCGCAAGCGCCGGCGGAUGUACGACGACACCACCGUCGCCGUCGUAUUCCUCGACACCGACAAGCUUGCCGCCGCCGCCACCAUCGACCUCUGGGGCGGUUACACCCUUGUCUCUGCCACGCUCCGCUCCGACGCCCGUGCCUGGGCCAUCCGCGGCGAGGAAGAUCUCGCCCGAUAA